CAAUCUCGAAAAUACGUUGAUACGCUUUGUUGUCCUUUAAAAUGUCUUUCGACAUUUUGUUUCAUUCAUUUCAGGGCUUAGAACGAAGGGGCUAUAGAAGAGUGCUCAUGUCUCAACUUGUUGACAUUCUUUUGUUUACAAGUUAGAAGCUCGCCCCUACAUUUUGGCGUUCCUUUUUGUCAAUAGCCUGUUCAAGGAGCAACAAUUGUUUUUUUUACUUGUUUGAAUCUAACAUACGGUUUGGAUUGAUUACAAGCGGUCAUGUAUUUUGCGAACAAAAGACAUGACACCGUCGUUGAAUUUACGAUUGGACUGCUUCUAUGUUAGUAUAUUAGGCUACGUUAUAUAUUUAUUUAAUCGCCCUUUGCUCAGUGAAAACUAGCAAUGUAUGAAUGAAUGUUACUAUCGACCCAGUCAUCUCACGAGAAUAUUAACUGUUGUCGUCGGUAUUGUCUAUUUUUCCAUUGUAUCUCGAUUGACAGAUGUGAAUGUUUUCAUUCGACAGGAUUCGACCUGCCCAGAAUCAAUUCAGUUUUUGUUGUUGUUAGAAAUUGAACCGACGUGUAAAAUGUGACUGUGGAAAAAUAUUGUUAAGCAAAGAUAUAUUCGAAAAUAUGUCAGGCUAAUUCAUUUCACUGGAAUGUUCAGUUUAAUCCGACUGUUAUUGAUCUCGUCUUGUUACGCAGUUAUGAAUGAAUGAGUAGGGAAGCGCAUGCGCGAAGUUCUUAAAGUUUAUAAACAAGCCUUGCAUGCAAGAGGUCACAUGACAGCUCUUUUUCGAAACGAAGACAGAACGUACGCAAACAAAGAACUUAAUUCACAGAGUUUUGCUCUUUCUUACCCAAACAAAUUGUCGUUGAGGCCCUUUUCAUUCGUUUAAUUGAAGUCAUUUCGCAUAUUUGUCAAAGCAAUGAUACUUAUCACGAACAACACUGAUAUUUCGAUAUGUCAGGCAAACUGACAUGGCGUAAUAUGGUGUGGGAAAUGAAAACUCAUUCGGUGCCAGAGAGAGUUUUGGAAUCGCAGGUGGAGACUGUAGGUAUGGAUGAGGCCUUCGACAUGCUAAAGUGCAACGAAGAUCUGCCUUCCUCUCCAGGAUGCCCUUCCACUGAGAGUCACAUGGAAUAUGAUGACCUUCCGGAGCUGCAGGAGGUGCAGGAGGACCAGGCCUCUCCGAGCGUGUUCCAGGUCGAGGCAGGCGUGUCACACCAGGAAGGCCCUGGGGAGGCCUGGGGCAAAGGGGUGGAUGGAGCCUCCUCCCCUCACACCAACACCAACUGGCUGGCAGAGCUGGCCAACAUCGCCACGAGCCCACAGAGUCCCCUGCUACAGAACGCCCCCCACAACAGAUCCUCCCCUGUGCACAUCUUUGCCACGAGUAACAGUUUACAUUCCUACGCCCGGCCCCCCCAGGCUUCCAGUGCCCCGAGUCCGGCCCGGACCCAUAUGAGGGAGCGCAGGCGUGUCAGGGCCAGCAGCGAGUCAGAGUCUGGUAGCUUCUGCAUGUCCUCGUUAUCAGACGAUGAUGACAUGGGAUGGUCUCACUCUUGGCCCUCCACAGUCUGGCAUUGCUUCCUAAAAGGAACUCGUUUGCGCUUCCAUAAGGGCUCCAAUGUAGAGUGGCAGGAUGUUGAAGACUUAAGCAACUCAGACGACGAGUCAGAUGAUGAAGGAGGAAUGUCAUCCAUCUCUCCAAAGGGCUAUGGUUCAGAAGGUCUGAAGUUGGUGGCAUUUGAGGAGAUUGUGUCCUUCGGCCAAUCUGCACUCAAAUUGACCUUUGACCCUGGCUCACCAGAAGAUGGCCUUUUAACCACUGAGUGCAGAUUAGACCACCCCUUCUAUGUGAAAAACAAAGGGUGGUCCUCCUUCUACCCGAGCCUUACUGUGGUGCAGUAUGGAAUCCCCUGCUAUGACGUGCAGGUGGGAGACCUGUGUCUACCUCCAGGGCACAAAGAUGCCAUCAACUGUGAUGACUCUGUUGUGUUUGACACAUUCAGAAGUUAUGAUUUCACCCCUCUGGACUCUUCGGCUGUGUACGUCCUGAGUAGCAUGGCUCGCCAGCGCCGGGCCUCCCAGUCAAGUGGGGGCGCUGUCAGCCCAGACUGUGACAAGCUGGGCCGUGACCAGGAGCCCUCCAGUGCUUCCCACAGCAAAUCCAAUCGCGGCCACAACUCAGGAACAAGCAGCAGCAACACCACGCCCACCAAAUGCAAGCGGCCAAUGAACGCCUUCAUGCUCUUCGCCAAGAAGUAUCGUGUGGAGUACACCCAGAUGUAUCCUGGCAAGGACAACAGAGCCAUCAGCGUGAUCCUUGGGGACAAGUGGAAGAAGAUGAAGAACGAGGAGAGGAGGAUGUACACCAUGGAGGCCAAGGCUCUAGCGGAGGAGCAGAAACGCCUCAAUCCCGACUGCUGGAAACGCAAGAGAACGAACUCGGGCUCCCAGCAGAACUAGAUGCCCAUAUGCAGGAGAUCAUCAUGGAAACGUGAACUGGACAACAAUAAACCGAUCCCCUCUCUCCUGUACGAUCGACGAGACUUAACUGUGAUGCUGAAUACACCUGCUUUGUUUUAAACAAAACAACUUAAUCCAGACAUUAUGCCGAUAAAAUGUUAUAUAAAGAGAAAAUCAAAUGCAAACCAUAUUAAGAAAACAUGUAAUCUAGUAACUAACAGUGCUUAUAUAUUUUCUUAUGUUUUCAGUGACAUAAAUGCCUUAUACUUCCAAAGUAAGAAAUCGCUCAGUACUUUUUUUCAGGUAAAUUCAUAUUUCUAGGCUUGAAACCUGAAAUCCUGUGGUGCUACUAUAGAUGCUGAAGGACAGAAGUCAGACAAAUGUCUAUUUUUAAAUGUAAAAAGGGGAAAUUUUAGAUAGCUUUUGUUGCAGCUGUUCAUAUUAAUUAUAUUGGUAUAACUCAAUAUCUUGCACAUUGACUUGGUAACCCGUUAAACUUUGUAUUCUCUGACAGGCUGACAGGUUCUUGUAUUAGUAAGAGAUACCUGCUCAGCAUAGGCCAUAUACGUGUGUGUAACUAACCGCUCUGCCAUAAGACGAUGUAUUAUUAUAUACAUGGGGUGGAUGCACACACUCCCACACAGCACUUCAGGGUCAUGCCAUCACUGUAAGUGUUUUUGUUUUUUUGCACUUUAUAUACAUAUAACCUUACAUAAAACCAAUAAAUGUAUACAGCCUGAACUUUUGUGCUUAAAAAAAAAAAUACAAACUUUAUAUAUCUAGCUGAAAUAUAUCCUUUUUUGACACAAUCAUGGCCAAACUGUAUAGCUCAAUGUUGUGCUCUGCAGGUUUGCCAUUGCAUUGCAUUUAUAAAAACGUUGUUGAUAUUGUACAGGUCCACGUUCCAUGUUAAAACUCUUGCACAAACUAUUCUUGUAUUAUAAAUAAACAUUUGAACUUGCUAUCA